AUGGUUGCUUGUUUAUAUGACUUUCUCCGCCUAUUUAUUUUCGCACGAUCUAGAGCGGGGAGUAGAGCGUGGUUGGUGUUGCACGUCGCUUGCGUGGGAAGAGUUCCCAGUUACCCGUUAGAAUCUUCAGUGAAUGAUGAGGAAAAAACUGGCUGGAUAAAUGCAUCUCGUGGUUGCUUGGUCUUCGCAUGCACCAAAUGGUUGAUGGUCAACUUUCGCGAGAUUAGAUCGCCGUCUGCUGUGAUCGUUCUGAGGGACAUCAGAGGGCUGCGAAAAAAACAUGAUGAGGACUUGAAAACUGUCGACUCGAUCGUCUAA